UACCAGCAGCAGCGAGCCGCUCUAAGAAUAACUCAGGGCCUGAGGCUCAGAAACAUGGUGUGAAUGUAACAGUAAUCAGAUUCAAAAGUUUCACUCAGACUAAUCCAUAAAAGGGAAACAAAUAGUGAUUGAUAGAUUUGGAUCUAAGAAUUUUUUUUGCAUGAAACCACUGUCCACACCGUCAUCACGUGACCCCAGCACCAACAUUGGCCGGUGGAAUAAAGUUACCUUCAAGCUCUCUCUCCCAGUCUCUCUUCCCUCCUUCCCUUCCAUCGCCCGUCAGUCCCUGUGGUUGAUCUAAAUCUGUCAGAGCCGGUAGAGGGUGGGGGCGGGCGGCUCUAUCUACAACCAUAGCCCCAACCAGGCAAAGGGCAAGACAGUGACCACCUUAACUUGGUCUCUGUCUGUCUCCCCAGCCUCAUCCACUAGGACGGAAGCCAGCUCUCUGGACCACCUUGCAAUCACUUGGAAAAGUUUUUGACUCCUGGAACCAAAAAGGGGGAAAUGCAGAUUUAAGUAAUGAGACUGGAAAAAGAGGUGUAGUGUUACCAGUGGGCUCGGGUUUUCCACAUAUCCUCUGCACCAGCCGUGCACAUGACGUCGCUGGAUUGGAAUUAAACACUGGGAUUAAAUCGUGCAAAGGAGUUGAGGAUCUACCAUAAAUAUUUCUUUUUCAUGGCAACUUAAUCUGCACGAAGAAUUUACUGUUGGAAUUUUAUUUUGAAACAAUGACCGAUACGGUUGAAGCACGGUCAGCAACCACCACCACCACCAUGGUCGUCGAAGGUAAGAACGGAGACGCUGGGGCGCCGUCUGCGCGAGGACACAAGAAAAGUCUUUUAGAUGACCUCCACUCCACCUUCAGCUCCCCACUGGCCUGGAUCUUGGUUCUGGCUCUCAUCAUUACAUGGUCUUGUGUUUUUAUCAUCAUGUUUGACCUGAUGGACUACAAGACGGUGUCAGGAGGCCUCAGCAAGAUCAGCUCAGACCCCGUGAAGGCAGUGAACGUUGCCAUGGAGGAAUCAUCUAACGUGAUCAGUGCGAUGUUUAAAUUUGCCGCCAAGCUGGUUGCUCCAGAAGACGAUGAAGGAACGCUAUACGCAGUGAGGAAAAAAGAUUCAAGAUGGUUGGAGGAGGAUGAGGAGGAGAAGGAGGAGGAAGGGAAGGUGAAGAUUAAGAAAGCAACAGGAGAAUUUCUACCCUCCAGAAGUAAAGUUAUAGGGAUGCAAGCAAAGGCAAAACAACCAGUGAUUGAAGUUGUGGAGGAAGAGGAAGAAGAAGAGGAGGGGGCUGAGGAAGGAGAAGAUGAAGAUGAAGUGGAGGCUGCUGGGGAGGAGGGGGAGGAGGAGGAGGACGAGUAUGCAGAAGAGGAGGAAGAGGAGGAGGAUGAGGAGUAUGAGGAGUAUGAAGAGGAGGAGGAAGGAGGGGCAGAGGAGGCAGAGGAAGAAGAGGAGGAAGAGGAGGGAGAGGAAGAGGGGCCCAGAGAGGAAGAGGGAGUUGAAGCAGCUGCUGAUGAAGAGGUGGGUGAGAUGAAGGCAGAGGAGGAGGAAGAGGAGGAGGAGGAGGAAGAGGACAUGGAGGUAGCUGCUGAAGAAGAGCAAGAUGAGGAUGAAGACGAAGAAGAUGAGAAGGAACCUGAAGCAGCUGCAGCUGAGAUUGAUGAAGAUGAAGAUGAAGUGAAAGAGGAAGCAGCAGAAGAGGAUGAGAAAGAUGAUGAUGAGGAGGAUGAGGAGGAGGAAGAAGAGAAGGCAGAUGCUGCUGAUGAAGAUGAUGUGGAAGAGUCUGAACCUGCAGCUGCUGAUGCUGAGGAUGAGGAUGAGGAUGAGGAAGUUUCUCCCAAACCUAUCUCCACUUCUGAGGAUGAAGAGUCAGCAGUGUCUCCUGAUUCUGAGUCUGACGUGCCAGUUGACGUCAAAGACAGUGACGAAGAUGUGUCCCUGCCCGAUGAUGAUGACGAAAAAGACGAAGACGAUGAAGAUGACGAAGACGACACCAGCGACGAAGCAUACACUGACACCUCAGAUGUCAGUGAAUCUGCACUUCUCUCCAGUGACGAGGAGGAAGAGGAAGAGAAGGACGAUGACGACGAUGAAGAUGAUAGAUUAGCUGAGGGUGUUUCGACAUCUGAUAGCGAUGACAUCAUUGCAGAAGACAGUGAUGAAGACCUGGAUCUUGAUCUCCCUCCUGUUCCUGUUGCCAGUGAGGAUGAUGAAGAUUACGAAGACCUUAAAAUCCCUGAAGAGGAAGAUCUUCCACCUUUGCCCGUUGUCGAGUAUGAUGAUGAUGACGAGGAACACCUGGAAGAAGACAUCAAAGUUGCUGAAGACACUGAUGAAGAUGAUGAUCUGGACCAAUCAGAUGAGGACAUCUCCAUCGCUUCCUCUGAACACUUUGCAGACGAUGAAGAUGAGGAAGACACUGACCUCAAAGACCUUGACCUUGACCUCGACCUCGACGUCCAUGUUGACCUCGACGAAGAUGAAGAUGACAAACCUGAUGAUGUCAUUGAAGAGGACAUCCAUGACGACGACGACGAUGAUAAAGAAGAGGAGGAAGUCGAUAUCCCUCCUUUUGAGAGUACAGACAGCGGAGUCUUAGGUGAUGAAGAUGAAGACGACGAUGUUGGUCUUAAGACAGAUGAAGAGACUGUCUUCAGUGAUGACAUCUCCUAUGACACAACCGAUGAUGAUGAUGAAAAAGACGAUGAAGAUAUCGAUACCAGCUCAUAUGAAUUUACCUUCGAUCAAGAAGUAGGAAAAGAAACAUUUGUUGAAGCUCUAAAAGAUGAAGAUGAAGAAGAUGAUGAUGAUGAUGAUGAUGAUGAAGUCACAUCAGAGUCCUUAGCUCAUGAGGAUGAGGAUGAGGAAGAAGACGAUGACGAUGAUGUUGAUGACCUCUUGUUAGCAGCUGCAACUGCAGCAGCCUUCACUGUCCAGGAGGAGGCAGUAAAGAGUGAGGCAGAUGAACAUGAGGGUGAGGGUGAGGAUGACAUCGAACCGGCUGCUGAUGAAGAUGAAACUGAGGAGGCUGAAACAGAAACAGUUGCUACCAUUCUGCCUGCUGCUCUUGAGGAGGAGGAUGAGGACGAGGGAGAGGACGAGGAGCCGACGGCUGAACUAAAGAAAACUGUAGAUGAGCCUGAAGAUAAAAAAGAGGAGUACGAUGAAGACGAGGAUGAGGAGAAGGCGACGGUGGAUGUGAUCAAACCUGUGCCUGAACCUGAGGAAGAAGCACCAAAGCCUGAACCCACAGUGUGUCCCUGUAUCCACCCUGCAAAGAUCAAAGAGUCGGUCACCAAAGAGCCGGUCACCAAGACUGCAGAGAAAAAAGAAGCUCCAAGAAGAGUUUCAGCUGUGAGAAGAAGAAAAGAGCGUGAAGCUGUGAAGACGGAGGAAAAGCCAAAAAGGAAAGCAAUGCCCAGAAUUGCAGCUCUGGAGCCGAAAAUCAGGAGGAUCGCGAAAUUUCCUGCUUUUCUCAAAGCCAGGAAGGUGGAAAAGCCUUCCACCAAGACUCUCACCAAGACUCCCACUAAGACUCCCACUAAGACUCCCAAAAAAGAAAAAGAGACAGAGACCAAAAAACAAGAGGAGGUCCCAGAAUCUGGACAAGAACUCGGCCCUUGCAGACCUGCACCAGUCUACUGCCCGUCUCCACCUGGCUGGUACGUUCAUCACAUUGUCACAGACAACCCGUACCCUCCUCCAACCACUUCAGCUCCCUCUGCUCCUGUUCUGACCGCUCACCCCGUCCAUCCUGGAGCUCCACCUCUGCAGCCUUUUUACCAGCAGCAGCAGAUGCAUCCGCUCUACGCGCAGUAUCAACCAUAUCCACCGAUGCAGCCAAUGCCACCAAUGAUGCAGCCUCAACCAGAACCAGCGCAGCCAGUCCCACCAGUUGAACCGGUCCAGCCAGAAGUCAAGGAAGAAGAGGCUCCUGUUCAGGCUGAGGUCGCGACUCCAGCUGCUGAGGCUCAGCCGGCUGUAGCUCCAGUCAAGGAACCAGAGACUGUUGAGGAGGAAGUGAAGGCUCCAUCUACAAAGAAAGCUGAAAAGAAGAAAACCAAGGCUGUUGAUUCAGCAAAAGAGCCAGCAGCAGCCAAAGAGAAGACAAAGAAAGAUGCUGCUGUUUCAAAAGACAAACCCAAAGCUGGCACUACAAAAAAAGAACCAACAGCCAAAAAAGAGAAAACCAAAACUCCUGUACCAGCUAAGAAAGAGCCAGCUGUAAAAGAGAAAGCCAAAAGUCCUGCACCAGCUAAGAAAGAGCCAGCUGUAAAAGAGAAACCCAAACCUGCUGCAGCUGCUAAGAAAGAGCCUGCGGCUACACGACAGAAGAGCAAAUCAGCUUCUGAAAAGAAAGAAGCAUCACCUGUCAGGAGCAAAGCCAAGGCUCCUGCAGCAAAGAAAGAACCAGAACCACAUCCACAGCUGCUCAGAGUGAGACCGAGGCUAGAAACUAUGAGGAGGGCGAAUGUAACCUCCCAUGCAAAGGAAGAGAAACCUGCCAGAUCUUCGUCUGAACCAGCUAAGGCGAAAUCAAAAUUAUUGGCAGAGCAGAAAAGCAAAGCUGAGAAGGCUGAGAAGAAAUCUGUCAAAGAGGCUCAAGAUAAAGAGAAAAAACCACCACAGCCGAAAGAAUCCCAGACUGAAGAAAACAUUACAGAAAAGAAGAAACCAGGCCAGAGAUACUUCCAGUGCAUUUACGUCCCUGGUAAAAAUGCACAGUACCCCUUGAGACCUUUCACCCCGCCCAUGUCCCCCGCCAUGAUUACCCCUGCAAUCAGGUCCAUGAUGGAGCAGCAGCAGAGAGCAGCAAGGGCGGCGGGACAAUAGGACAACCUGAACUCUCACCUCAUUUCUGAUAGCACUACAUCUCCCAGUCCAGCAGGGGGAGACAUUUUAAAUCUGUGGAAUUCUUAGAUCCUGAGGAAAAAACACAGACACAGAUAAGAGUGGACAGAAUGAUUUUGUCUUUAAUUUAUUUAUGUACAUAUUUUCUCUCUAUGUGGUUGAGCUCCUGGGGUUCCUGAUGAUAUUCCCCAUUUUCCUCGCAGCUGAUAGUUGUCACCGUCACGCUUUGCUUGUGCCUUACAAUGUCACAAAUCUCCAAUCAAGGAAGCAUUGUAUAAAUAUUCAUAACUAUGUAUAAUGUACAUAAGGAUUAUAUUAGUAAUUUAGGCUGAAAUAAACAUAAACAUCUUUAGCAUGUUGUUUAUAUUAGUUUACUUUUUCAGUCUACUUUAAAAUAAGGUUUCCAUGGUACCAUAUUUUGUUAAAUUUAAUAUUUAUAAUUUAAGGCAUUUGCACUGACAAACAAUUGUUAACAGUAAAAAAGCACAUAUUUAUUCUGUUUUAAAAUAUACAAGAAAAAAACUGAUAAUACUCAAACAAAAUUAUUAUUAAAUACAAUCUGGGGCAGUAUUUUGCAUCAAAUAUUACAAAAAAAUAAAUAAAUCAGGAAACUUUAAAAAAAGAAAAAAAAAAGAAAAACCCUACCAUUUUGUUUUUGGAUUUUGAAUGGGAUUAACUAUUACUUGAAAGACAUGUCACAUAUUUUUAGUUUUUCUUUUUUUACUUUGAGAGCCGUUAUCAACAGCUUGCAUCCUCUUGUUUUUAAUCACAGAUUUCAAUCCUGCGUACUGUAACACAACCAGGUGUGUUUUGCUGCUUCGCUUCAUCUGCAACAGAUUAGCAUGCAAAUGAUUGGAGGGUCAAACCCCAGGAGCUCCCACAUUUGAUCCAAGCAGCCUCCCCGUCUCUGAUCGCGAGCCUCAUCAACAUGUUAAAUGUUGCAGAGUGAUUAAUAAAGAUGAGACAUUUUCUUCUCAGAUGACCUGAUAUCAUACAGGAGUGAAGAGGAAGGUGAGCUCAUUAUGUACAACAUGCUUGAUUUAAAUUAAAGGCACAACACUUUAGUUUAAAGAGAUGUUUCGACACGUUAAUGUAUUUGUUGGAUGUUUUUCAUUCCCAGACACUGACACGUUUGUAUUAAAAGGUUGCUCAUUUAAAAUUGUUCUUAACUUCAAACAGGUGCAAAUAAGGGCUUGAAGUUUACAGUACAUGGUCCCCUCUUAUAAUACUAAUACUCAUUUAAUGCUUGAAUACUUUUAGUUUUAUAAAAUGCCAUUUAUUUCUAUUUCCCAGUCUUUAAACCUGAAUUCGUCCUUGGUGACAAGCCAGCUUUGUUCUUACGAAUGAAGUGCAGUUGAUGGAAUCAGCUUGUUCAGAGACAGGGAGUCUGCACAGGACGACUUUGAUGUGACCAACUAAUGAGACGCUGUGAUGUCUGCUACAGUGGAUAAAUGUCAUGUUAACCAUCAGCUUAUUUACAAAGCCUGAUACAUUGUCAUAUUUUCAGUUACCUCACUCGCUCUGGUUUUGCACCUUCACAACAACGCUGCCUUGUUGUCGCUGCAAAACUGUUGCUGAGCAUUAUCGGCAAUUUGCUGCUGUCUUACUGAAUGAAAACCUUGACUACAAAGAACCAAAAGGGUGUCUCACACUGGGCUUAAUCCUGGGAUAAGACCCAUAUUAGUCCAGGGCCUGCUGUGGUGUUCACCCUAACAGUUUAUUCACACUUACAGUUCCUAAGCUGCAAAAUUAAUUCCUCAGUGGUUUGCAGUGUGAGGCACUUGCCCUGUUGUAGUGGUGACUUACAGAUUAACGCCUUGUGGACUGACUAAUCCUAACUGUAUUGCAGGUCUAUCCACACCUUUUUCAGGGUUGUCCCCUAUAAAGUCUUAAGGUGUGUUCAGACUGAGCCCAGAGCUGAUUUCAGAAGCAAUGCAAAUGCAAACAAAAUCAGUGGAAAGAUGUGAGUGGAUGUGAAGAGUUGCAGAUUCAGUCUAAGUAAUGCAAAUGCUGAAAUGCUUCCAUUCAAGCAAAAAAUGUGCACUUAUCCUGCAGCUGUGUGACUCAGCUGCAGAGACAAUAAGACAAACUGAGGGGAAAAUAAGAGAGAACUGGAGUUCCUGUUAUGGUAAUGUUGCUACCAAGCUAACAGCAACAGCCCGUAGAGUUUGUCAGUGGGUAUUCAAGGCAACUAAUUGCGCAAUAAAGUGGGGAAAAAUGCUUCGUGCUCACUCUGAAUGCAUCUUUUAAGUCACUGGUGUGAAUCCGGGUUGGAACCAAAGCAAUCUCAGCUAGCUGUUUGCUGUUAGCGUACUGAUUUUUGAGUGUGAAUAUUUAACCUGAGGCUUGAUGUAAACUCUGGGUUAAUGAGUCCAAAUGUGAAAUGAGGUUAAGCUAGCCCUGGGCUGCUUUUUGUCGCCCCUGCAGGGUUUAGGUCAACAGGCCUGAAAAAUGUAAGUGUGAAGAGUCCUCAUGUUUCAUGGCCAAAUGAGAUCUGACAACCUUUUACAGUGGCGACCCACUGUGAGUAUGUGGUUGUUGGAGUGGCAUUUAAAACACACCUGGCAUUGCUGUGCACUUCAGGUGUGUUUGUUUAUACAGGAAUUAUUCUUAAAAUGAAACCUAUUCCAGCGGGGGGAUGCAGCGAGUAGAUAGCUGCUCUGGAGGCCCUGAAACGUCAGCUGCACUGCAGCUGCAUGAUAUUAACAGACAGUAAUAACACCAUGCAGCUGCAGCUGUCUGCUGUAAUUAUGUUUUUACAUCUAAUCUAAUGUCACUAGGCUGUAUACAAGUUUCACAGCAUAGGGUUUACCCUUGACUCCAUCUGUGAUCACAUGUUUGAAAUAUAGGUACAUAUGUUUGUGUAAUGAUGUUAAGAGUGCGUUUUUUUUCCCUGCAUGUUGUUACUGCACUGCAGCAGUUGUGAAUGGGUACAGCGUGUACACUUGAAGCAAAAAGACAUCACUUAUCAGUAUGUUUCACUUUGAUUUUUUAGUAGUUCCAACCAUUUGUUGAUCUAUUUUUCUGCAGAAACAUUUCGACCUGAGUUUCCCAUAUUUGUUGGUCAGUAUUUUUCCCAUAUAUCACAGUGUAAUGCUCUAAAAAUCAAUACUUUGAUCAGCUCAGACGCACUACUUGGCAUUAAAGGUUUUAUAUGGAGUUUUUGACCACUAGUAGUGCUGUAGAGUAAUGUUGUUUUGAGGAGCAGGUCCACGAGGACGACACACAACGCAGAUAAACUUCAGCUUUAAACCUUCUGCUAGCUUUAAAGUUGAUGUAUUGAAGCUAACAUUUUGGGACAUGCUUACCUCGGAAACGUCUGGUCACCCGAGUAACUCUCGCUCCCUGGGUACUGAGUGAAGUUCAAACUCCUCAGGUGCUUGCUGGGCUUUUCCUUUCAAAAACAGGCAAUCCUUUAAAAUGACAGCGGCGAUAAAUGCUUUGCGAUAUCAAUUCAUUUCACAUAAUUCCCAUUACUUACAGUUGUUGGUGGUAAUUUACUGCAACAUUAGCAUAUCAGACAUGACAGGUUUUUUUUUGAGCAUGAGGGUCAGUUUAGAAACAUGACCUGUUCAGAGAGUUAAACAGCAAGCAACGAUAAAACAUGAUCUAAUAAAUAAAUUGGAUUUGAGCAUAAGAUUUGCAGUAGAGCACAUGUUGUUAAGUUAAUUUGAGGCCAACAUGCGUAAUGGAGUGAUACUAUUCCAAUCAACUCACUGUGUUUGCUUCGUUAACUCACUAAAAUGGUGUACACGUGUAAAACGAGGGAAACCACACUGAACCCCCACUGUAAGGAGAAUUCAGGGGAUUUCAAACCAGGUUUAUGCCAUGUGUGAACCCAGGAGAACAAAGAGGAACUGCAUUUCAGUUUUACACUUGAUGCAGUAUCUGCAGUUUCAGAGUAAUAGUUUAAAAAACCUUUGAAAUGAAAGAUUUUAAAAUAUUUUCAGAGGUGUUACUGAAUGUCAUGGCUUUGUUUUUGUGAAUGGGCUCUACAGUAUUAGUUUCAAGUCAGUGGGAAAUAUGAGUGUGUUGCAAUAAGAGCAGAUUAAUUGCUGAGGACGAGCGAUUGUUAAUGUUGUUUUAGGAAAAUUUUUAUCCACUGAACAAGUAUGGUGUGAGGUUGUUUGGUUCUUUUCGAACAAUCACUUAUUUUGUUAAUGAGUUCUGAUGUAAUUUGCAUGAUGGUGUAAUUCACACAAGCAUCACUCUCCAGUGUAAAAGACACAUCAACCAACAGUCAGUCAGAAGCUGUAUAAAGACUGUAGAUAAUAUUUAUUUUAUUUGUUGCACUCCAGAGAUUGAUCACCUCGUUAGGUCUCACACUGAAAGACAUUGAAUUCACACACUGGUCUGCUCAGAAAAAAAAAAAGUAAUUUGUUUCAAUUAAAGAGGAUAUUUCUGUGUUGUUGAAUAUCAUCGGACUUCAAUGUGGGCAAUAAUUUUAACAGUGUUCCCUAACGAGACAGAAUAAACUACCUGUUGCAUGUAUGAUAAAGCAGAGGUGUAUGAUGUAAUCACAUGAGAAGGCUAGCAGCCUGACUCAGUCACUGUUUUUAGACAUUUCAGGAGCCACUUAAAUAUCACAAGUGACAUUUUAGGCACUUAAGGGACUCUACUAAGGAUGUCUGCUGUGGUUACAUGUAGAAUACACUCACCAAAAUGCAUUUUGUGGGUCAUCAUUUCAAUAAAUAUUUGCAGAAAUUUGC